AAUAAGCUGCUUGGGAGUUGUAAAGUCCACAGAGCAGUGUCCAGGUUUUAGUUUACCAAAGUUGGUACUGCUCCCCCCUCUGAGACAGCCUGGGACUGCUGACGUCACUGAGGAGCAGAGAUAAAGGGGUGAUAUACAGCAGCUGGAAAGCAAAAACCUCUGAGGCGUGCUGGAGAGAGGCUCUACUGCUCAGUCCAAGGAACCACCGCUAAGCUGACAGGAACCCUUUCUUACAGAGAUCUAGGGAGGAGGAAGAAGAAAAGGGAACCAUUAAAGAUACCCUCAGAAAAUUGCUGAAAAAUGCCACAGAACGUUGUCCUCCCAGGACCGGCGCCUUGGGGCUUCAGGCUGACAGGAGGGAUAGAUUUUAAGCAGCCGUUAAUCAUAUCCAGGAUCACUCCAGGAAGCAAAGCUUCACAAGCCAAUUUGUGCCCUGGUGACAUCAUUAUAGCUAUUGAUGGCUAUGGCACAGAGAACAUGACUCACAAUGAUGCACAAGAGAGAAUUAAAGCAGCGUCACACCAGCUCUGUCUGAAAAUUGAGAGGGCAGAAACAAGAAUGUGGUCUCCGCAAAUAACAGAAGAUGGUAGUCCACAUCCAUUCAAAGUAAACUUGGAAGCUGAACCACAGGAAUUCAAGCCCAUUGGUACAGCUCACAACAGAAGGGCCCAGCCUUUUGUUGCAGCAGCAAAUCUCGAUAACAAAAGACAGGUGGUGAGCUCUGCCUAUAACUCUCCCAUUGGGCUGUAUUCAUCUGGCAAUAUACAUGAUGCUCUUCAUGGACAGCUGCGGGGCCUUAUCCCCAAUUCACCUGCAAAUGUUUGCAGUACUCCUUCCGGUAUUGACGGCGGCAGCGGACGUAGCACACCCUCUUCAGUUAGCACUGUUAGCACUAUCUGUCCUACCGAAUUGAAAGCUGCAUCUAAGAUGGCCCCCAACAUUCCUUUAGAAAUGGAACUGCCUGGUGUCAAGAUUGUACAUGCUCAGUUUAACACACCUAUGCAAUUGUAUUCAGAUGACAAUAUUAUGGAAACACUGCAGGGGCAGGUUUCUACAGCACUGGGGGAAGCCACCCCAAUAAGUGACCCAGUACCAGCUGCAGUGCCCCAGUCUGAUGUGUAUAGGCUGCUACAUGACGAUCAGCAAGGACCGAGUAAGCCACGUCAAUCUGGUUCCUUUAAGAUUCUCCAAGACAUGGUCUCUGAUGAAUCUGAUGGUCGGGCCCCUGCUAUAAGGAGUGUGAAAGCACCAGUAACGAAGGUACCUGCUGCUGGGGGAAGUGUGCCAAAGGUGCCCUUGUGUGACAAGUGUGGAAAUGGAAUUGUUGGCACAGUGGUGAAGGCACGUGAUAAGUACAGGCAUCCUGAAUGUUUCGUGUGCUCUGACUGCAACCUCAACCUGAAGCAGAAAGGCUACUUCUUUGUGGAGGGGCAAUUAUACUGUGAAGCUCAUGCACGAGCUCGUAUGAGGCCCCCAGAGGGAUAUGAAGCCGUCACUGUUUAUCCCAAGGCUUAGCUGUCCGGAGAGACACAAAUACCUGCAUGCUCACAUAAGGCACUAUCCGCUUACAGCAGCAAUGCGACUGAAUGCAAUCCAGCAUUCUGCUUUUUAAAACAGGGAGGGAGACAGGAUGGAGAAGUUGGGAGAAGGAUGAUCAUUCUUGUAGCCCAUGUUGGUAUCUAUGGGAUUAUUUCCCAAAACAUUAUCACUAUGGCUGCCAGUGUAAUCCAAUGAGUUAUAAAUCUGACAUGCUAUAUUAAGAUCCUUUGCAAAUUGAGUUCAUGUAUAAUACUAUGAGUAAUCUACAGUGAGAGAACCAUACUGUAUUUUUAAAAUGUACCUCUGUUUCUCUGUACAAGUGCAAUUAAAUGGCUUUUUUAAAAAAGA